AAGAGUCCCUAUUUGAGUUGUCCUAACCCGCCUAAUUUCUCUAACCAAAGAGACGUACCAAACUACCGGAUUAAGUAAUUAGGGAACCAAAUCCACUUCCUCGGGAGAUGACACGGAACGGUGUAGAGAAACCAAUCACCCUCAUUCAUUGCCCCCUUAUGAUAUUUGAAUGAUUGUCCUAAAUUACCCUUAGAAGAUCUUCUCUCACCUAGGUUAAUUGGCCCCAAAUUGAGAAAACUGAUCAAGGACCUUCGAUUAUCAUGAUAAAUACUCAAUCAAUAUAUAAACAAUCAUGAUAAUCACAACGUAGAGUUCACAAUCACAAAACUACAACUUUCUAGACUAAGGUUCACAUAAUCCAAAUGAAUAGAUAGUCUACUCCAUGCAUAGAGAAAGAAUAUACAACUAUUUUUUUAGAGAAAAGAACUACAAUUAUAUAGAAGGAAAGACCCAUGAAAAGAUGAAGCCCCUUCUCCCUAGUUGUUUGGGAUGGUGUUGAAGAUGGAAUCAAGCCUCCUUUGACAUUGGGUAGCUCAAAUUCCCCUUCAAUUCUCCUUGGUUCAUCGUUUUGUCUCUCUAUAAUGAAGAAGAAGAUCAAACUCUCGCUAACACUUUUCUGCUUUUGAAAUAUGCUUGACAAUGCUGUCUUCAAUGUCUCCCAUCAUGCCUGUGAUGUGUGUAGUGAAAUCGUGAUGUCGACACAAAACUCACGGUUUCCUUCCAUUUUUCACGCCCUGCGCCCAUGAUGUGUGCACUACGAGCAGAUUUUCAAAUGCUCUUGGGAACUUGAAAUCUUCACGAUUUUGUGUUAAUCUUCACAGUCUGUGUCCGUGAUAAUAUGCCUUGAACCAUGAUCCUUCACAUUUCCAGUACUUGGUCCCGUUUUUCGCUCCAUGUUGUCUGACUUUCGAUCCUUUCGCCCAUUUCACCUGAUAGAGACUAAAAACAUACAAAAACAUAACAUAACCUAGUGUAAAAUGGUUCCAAGGAUGAUGCUACCCAAGUCAAACGACAAGAAGAAUGGUAUAAAAAUGUAUAAAAUUACUCGAAUCAGUUUUUCAGUUGAUGGAGGUGUUGCCACACGACACACCUUGGUCAGUAGAAGUGCGAGGAGGCUCAAUUUCAACAACAUCGGGAGGAGGAGGCACGAAAGCGGGCAACAUCUGGGACAUCAAUAACAUGUCGAGAUGGAGAAGCUACACUUCCACUAGAUUCCUCAUUUUGUCGUCUCUUCCUACUCUUGGCAUUGUUGGCAGGAAUAAGAGCUAAAUGUAAAUUUCCUUACAUAUAGUUGCUCACUCCUUCUCCUGGUGACAAUAGAAAUUCAGAAGGGACAACAAAAUCGCAAAAGCUAUUACAAACUGUCAAGCACUUUCAAUAAUUUACGAGAAUGAAGAUCGAGAAAUAAGGACCCAUCACAAUCCCACAAGACUCAUUUACUGGAAUUGGGGAACUUACAUCUCUUUUGUUGGCUCCUUGAACACUCAGACUGUUGAAUGAAGGUGUUGGCCUGCUAGCACCUUGCGUUUUGCUGUCGUAGUGGUUGUUUGGUUGAAGCCUAGCAGAAGAAUUGAAGAAUGGAAGAUGGGAAAGGAGGAUCGAGAACGAUAGCAGACAUGGAAGCCGAGCGAGAAGAAGAGGACAAAAUUUAAGGCGGGGAAGCUCAGGGACUCACCGAAUCGGAGGAUCCCCGGCGACAAUGAACGACCUACGAGGAAGACACGAGACCUUUCUUCUCCAGUGUACGGCAACAGAUGGAUUCUUCUUCAGUUCUUUUAGAAUUCAUGAAUCGGUGAACGGAUGGUUGAAUGGUUGGAGAACGGAGACGUGACUCCUCACCCCGAGAUGGAGGAGACGACGUUGAGGAUAUAGUUUUUCGUUUUGUUUCCAUAUCUUUUUAGCCGUUGGCAAACCAAUAAAUUGGGCUGGGAAGACCGAUGGCCCUCAAUUGAGUGGGUUUCUUAAUUCAGUUGGCUGGAGCUCUAUGCCACCCGACCUACCUAUCUCACUCUUUACAUUCGGUUAUGACUGUGGUUAAACCACUAGUCGCAAAACAAAAUGAUUUCGUUAACCGCAAUCGCGUAAGCACCUAUUGAUUCAAUUCAUGAUUAAUUACAAAAAAACGCACAAUUUCAAUUCGAUUAGCGAUUUAACCGCAAAAACGCAACCGCUUUCCAAUCCUAUCAAUAACCAUAGUCUCAUAUAUAUCCGUCCGCCCCCAUCCAGGCAUCCACUACGUUUCCCUAACAAAAUAUCUCGCGGAGUCCCAUCCAAUAUCCUCCAAAACCCGCACCUUCUCAUAAACCCUUCCCCCACCGAUUACCUCGAUUCCUCCAUUCCAUCAAAACCCUCCCAUCCUUCCCAUACUUCUUCUACCUCUCGCUGAAGCAAAAACCCCAGUCCACACAGUUGCGCCUUUUUCUUUUCGACAUUAACGCAAACACCAUGAGCUCAUUCAACAACACCCCUAACUUCGACAAUCCGCUCCUCCAAACCCUAAUGGGCCGUCUCCAAAUCCGCCCACCCAACUCCUCCCAGCGCCCUUUCGUCGCCAAAUCCCUCGAGGACCUACUUUUCGACGCUGUCAACAAUCUCUCCGAUGACUCCGACGACGACGACAACGACAACGCCAUGGAUCCAAGCGGCGGUAUCGACUCUUCUGCCAAGACCCAGCUUCGCAAGGAGGAGGCCAAGCUCGAGAAGGACAUCAUCCGGGUGAUUCUAUCGGGCAAGACCGAUUCUUUGAAGCCCAACUCCGGUCAGGCGGUUACCAUCGGCGAGCACCAUAUUUGUGUCGGGUUCCACGAGGAGAAGGGGUCGGAUUACAGAGUGUGGGAGUGGCAUGGCCACAUCAUGCUGUUUGACGAAGAGAAUGGGUACACCCCCGAGUAUAUCUAUGGGAAUCACUUCGAGAGGUUGCUUGGUGGUGGUGUCUCGCGUGGAGGUGUUUCGGUUAAUCGGUCGCAGAAGGAAGAGGAGGAAGAUGAUGAGGAGGAGGAAGGAGGAGAGAAAGAAGAGGAGAGAACGUCGAAUUUGGGGUUGAGGGAGUUGAUUGACGGUGGUGAUUCCAGUGGUGCUCGGAUACUGCAUAGGAAUGUCGUCACUGGCGCAAAGGUUUAAAAGGCUUGCUCUGUCGCUCUCCUUGUUCCAUGGCGACUUGAGGAGCUGGGAGGCCAAUGCAUUGGACGAAGCAUCUGCGGACAUAAUUCCCAAUCCUCGGGAAGUGGGGAGUGUUUUGAGAAUACAUACUCUGUCGACCUCAAAUACAUGUUGCACUUUUUACACAAGUUGGGGUUUCAAAUUUGUUGUGGUUUUGUUUCCCGAUGGCCUUCGACCCUGUUUAUCAGAACAAAAUGUUUCUGCCGAUCUGAUAUUUUGGUUGAACCAGUUUCAGCUUCUCCAAAGUUUGUCCAUGUAUAUUUCAGCUUUGGCCUUGUUUAUCUUGCUACUUCAGUUCAUUCCGCAUCGAAUAAGGAAUAUAUGAGUAUUCAUAUUUCGAUGCUACAGGUUUGCCUCCUUGCAGAGAUUUGGGAGGUGCUGGAGUCAUCCCCUACGUACCAGCUCAGUUUCGUAUCGUAACAGGGCGAUCCAUAUGGUGGUUUAUUAUGCCCUAUUUUUGCGAUCCAUAUGCUGGUUUAUCCGGAUUGACUUGGUUUAAUGACCUCGUAGUUCUUUGAAUUCAUAGUCAUUUGAUGGAUCUGGAAUUCUGGAUGCAAGUAAUUUAAAUGGUGAAUGUAGCAAACAGAAGUGUUCAGUGCUACUAUCUGUUGUUUUAGAAAUUCAUAACCCCAAUCCCAUAAGCUUUCUUCCUGAUUCGCGGGCCCUAAUCGGCCCAUUAAUCUUUCACUAAAUUCCUGACGAAACCCAAAUCCUGAGGACUAUCAUUCAACUUCACUAAAUUCUAAAGAGAUCG